AUUGCCAGCGAGCGGGAAUCAUAUUUUAAGACGCGUGUUCCGUCCCCUCUCUUCAGCUUUUCCUAAGCGCGACUCGUGAAUCAAGUCAAGGACAUCGGCUCCGCCUCGAUCUGGAGAUUGCUCUCCGCAGAUCGCCAGUAAAGCAUGGAGGCGAUAGGCAGGGAUGGCCGCCGCGUGCCUUGUGGGCUUGGUACCAGCAGCAGCACCACUUCAGGUACGGGCUCAACUGGCUACACUCCCACCAGCUCUCAGCAGUCCUGGAUCUCUAUUAUGGAGGCGGCCAGGCAGAUCCAAGAAAUGGAGAUGGAGGAUCUUGAGUUUGUUCCGUCCCCAAAAGAGACGGCGAGCCAUAAGAACAUGAAGCGUAUUAAAAUCCUUGCCAAGGAAUUCUUCAGUGCGCCGUCGUCGGCGAAAUUCAGCAUCGAAGGAGCCGAGCUGAGUGUCCUCGAGAGAUGGUUCCGGGAGCUGGGCGUCGCGUGGGUUAUCCACGUCGCUGAUGGUGGACCUGCAGGGGAACUCGAGCAUGCUCUUGAUGCGUCCAGCUGGAUCCCGGCUCUCAACGAAAUCAGGCAUACCUUCUGCCUUGUGUUGUGGUUCCUUCCCGGCCACGGCUCCGCGGAGAAAGAUGAGCCUGCUACGGAGAGUGACGAGGAACAAAAUAUGGCGGAAGAACAAUUGCAGCUUGCAAGCUUUACCCAGCAAGCCAUGUUGAAGAUGCUUACUUUUGUUGACUUCAUUGUUGCUCCAAAUCUUACUUGUGACGUUUUUGUUGCCGAUGGGGUGCCGAUGCCGGCACCAUACGACAAGCUCCUCACCCUGCUCCAUGUACGUGAGCCUCUGUCCAAGGCCUUGUUUUGGAUCCGGUUGCCAUUCGAUUCAUCAUCCUAUGCAGAAGUUGCAAGGAUACAUGGCGAGAUAGUCGACGUCCUAUCAGCAAAGGAGGACAAGGUGGGCGAGGCCAUAUGGAGCACACUGGAGGAGAUUAGGACUCGACUCCUGGAAUCACCGGAGGAAGGCCAAGGCUCAUCAGGUACUCAAACUCCACAAGGAUCAUCGGACAUUGACAAGGCCACCAGGUCCGUUAUGAUGUAUGUAACGUUCCUGCAGCAUAAUUACUGGUUACUGACGCCAGUUGUAUUGGAAGCUGAUAGCCUCGGUAAGUAUGUUCCUCGGUUUGGAGCCGUACAACCUCUGACAAGCCUGGCAAUGGAGAUGAUAUCUUUUCUAGAAGAAAAGCUUGCCAACAAGUCAGAAGCAUCCCCAGAUCAGGGCCUCAGGUUCUUAUUCUUGCUCAACAACUCAUCUUUCAUAGCGGAUCAACUCCACGACACUCCCUAUUUCCCCAAGUCCUACAAGGUAGACCUCGCCGGCAAAGCCGAGGACUAUAUAAAGAUGUAUAUACAGAAGAUGAACACUACCCAGAAGCUGUGGAAGGUCCCCGAUCCUAAGCUGAGGAAUAGGCUGCGCAGAGCUAUCAUAGAUGAAGUCAUUCCAGUUUACACCAGGUACCUAUUAGCGGUUGACUAUGGAAAUGCCCCUCUGAAAUUCAGUCCCUCGUACCUGCAAGAGAUGUUGCAAGAGCUAUUCGAAGGCUGAUGAAUUCGCAAACCCCGAAAAACAUAUACAAACACUAUUCGAAGGCUGGACGAGAGCGGCACACCAGACAAGUCUACGCAGGUACAUCUAGUUGUGUUUCCUUCUGUGUUGAUUUUGGGAUGGAAUGUUAACAUUGUUGCUUCUCAAGCUGUGAGUAAAGCAGCUAAAAAGCUUAAGCAUUAUAAAAACUUCUUGUGCC